ACCAAUAGCAGUGCAUGAGUAAUGGCUGCUUCUGUGUUGGUGAUAAGGACACCUGUACAUGCUCUAGUAGCACUUUGUCUUCCUGCUUCUGUGAGACGUACAACAAUAGCAUCACUAUCCCUACAGCAGUUAGUCCAUUGAGACUCUCUCAAUGUGUGUUUUCUAAUGACACGUACAUCUGCACUGGUGCUCAGUACCGCAUGCACUGCAACACAAGAAUGCAUGAAUUUAACUACCUAUAUCAGAAUCAAAACCAAUACCAGUACGAAUGCUGGAGUAAUAACUGUAACUGUGUUGGUAAAAAUGAGACCUGUACAUGCUAUAGUAGCACUUUGUCCUCCUGCUUCUGUGAGACUUACGGCAAUAUUGUUGCUCUCAAUAGAGCAGUUGCUCCAGCUUAUGGCUGUGUGCUUUAUAACGACACGUACAUCUGCACUGGUGCUCGAUACCACAUGUACUGCAACACAAGAAUGCAUAGUUUCUCCUACCGGAAAAAUCAGUACCAAGACCAAUACCAGUGCAGUAAUAACUGUUACUGUGUUGGUAAAAAUGACACCUGUACAUGCUCUAGUAGCACUUUGUCCUCCUGCUUCUGUGAGACUUACGGUAAUAUCGUUGCUCUCAAUAGAGAAGUUGCUCCAGCUUAUGGCUGUGUGCUUUAUAAUGACACGUACAUCUGCACUGGUGCUCAAUACCACAUGUACUGCAACACAAGAAUGCAUCGUUUCUCCUACCGGAAAAAUCAGUACCAAGACCAUUACCUGUGCAUUAGUACUGGCUGUAUCUGUGUUGGUCAUAAGGACACCUGUACAUGCUACAGUAGCACUUUGUCCUCCUGUUUCUGUGAGACGUACAACAAUAGCAUCACUGUCCCUACAGCAGUUAGUCCAUUGAGACUCUCUCAAUGUGUGUUUUUUAAUGACACGUACAUCUGCACUGGUGCUCAGUAUCGCAUGCACUGCAACACAGGAAUGCAUGAUUUUUACUACCAGAAAUAUCAGAACCAAAACCAGUAUGAAUACCAAUGCUGGAGUAAUAACUGUGCCUGCACUGGUAAUAAUGACACCUGUACCUGCUACAGCAGUACUGGCUCCUCCUGCUUCUGCGAGUAUAAUAUCUCCAGCCCAAGUAAGCAUGUUUCUAGACUGAAAUGUGGUGUUUUAUUUUACUGCAUUCAUGUUAUAAUGAUGAAUUCCCUCAUUACAGGUCUGGAUAACAUGCAGGAUCAGUGCAGGAGUCAGACCUCUGGAGGAUGUUUUCAAAAUCUUAUUGACCAGAUAGAGAACAUUACAAAUCAAGAGCUUCCUUUGGAUACUGUGACCAGAAUUCUGACUAUGGCCAUCAACACUUCAGAGAAGAUUUUAGAGUCAUCCUCAUCAGUCAGCCCAGCUGAACUAGCCUCCUAUGGAAACCGUGUGUUAAAAGCUAGCGAGAAACUCAUAUCUACAUUGGUGAAGCCAACAGACACGAGUGACAGUGUUAGUUUUACUCUUCCCACCAUAGAGGGACAAGUCUUCAUGGUUGGACCAAAUGUGACCUUAGAUAAAAUCCCUCGACUUGACAUGACAAGUUCUUCUGUGGACAUCGAUCUCAUUGGGAUCGCCAAGAACAACAACAAAGGAUCAGCUGCUGUGGCUUUCUUGAGUUAUAACACAAUGGAGCAUCUACUGAAGCCCGACUUCUUCAGCACAUCAAAUGAUACGGUCAAAACGAUGAUGUCCACUGUGAUCUCAGUUACUCUUCCCAAAACCACCAACACCAAACUCACUAAACCAGUCAACUUCACCCUCAAACACAUCAGAGACUCCAACCCCAGCGGUUCUCUGUCCUGUGUGUACUGGAACACCAGCGAGUGGAUUGUAGAUGGUUGUUCUGUUUUAGAGACCAACAGCAGCUACACUGUGUGUUCCUGUGUUCAUCUGUCGACAUUCACUCUUGUGCAAACCAGCAGUUCAUCACAGAGCAAUCCACCGCUGGACCUGUUGACUUGGGUGUCUGUGAUCUUGGGGCUGCUGUUCUUGAGUGUGGGCCUGUUGAUCUUUGCCCUUUGUCGGUGGACCCGCAUGUCUGAUUGGAUAUGUGGUCACUCUCGUUGUGUCCGGCUGGUUCCUGAAGGCUAUGUCAGGGAACUGUCUGGCAGCAGUACAAGAAGUGCUUCAGAUGUCUUUGAUGUGGACUCAAAGCCAUCAACAUCGAAAGUGUCCCAAGAAAAACACUGCAACAUCAUGUUAUCCCUAGAACACGUGAACCAAAAUACCAACACGAGUGCAUAAAGGAUGAGGGUCAAACAUUUUGAAUGAAUGGUUCUUAAAAGAAGAGCACUAUUAAUGAUAGAUAAAUAAUCAAGAAUGAAUGCAAUCUGAAUGUUCUACACCCACCACCAUUUUAACAUUAUCAUGCGAGAUAUUUAUUAUUCCAUAUGGAUAGUAUAAUAUCUAUUGGAUGUGAACUUCAUAAUCUUGGCAGAAGCUGUAGGUUAUCCGGGUACUUUUGUUUUUUGUCUAAUGUUAUAUGAAUACUGUGAAUUCAGACAUGUUACUCAUUGCCCAUACUCCUUUUCACCUGCUAUAUUGUAGGGAGAUAUGUGUAUUCAAGCUACUUUUGGGCUCAAAAAAGACACCACAGGUUUUUAAGUAAUCCAUAAAGACAAUAAAUAUUAUUAUUGACAAAAAUGUAUCCAAAAAUACUGUGAGGAGUCAAAAUUCCAUAGAAAAUGAAUAUGGGUCAAUUUGCUCCCUCUUUAUGAAGAAUUUCUUUUUUUAAGAAUUCAUGGAAUAUCAAAUAUAUUUUUUAAUUGAUAGAAUAUAAUUAACAAAUCACUGCAUGGCAGGUUGAUUUGACCCCAUUUAUGCAUUCUAGGGUUCAGAAAUACUUUUGUUUUUGUAUGUUUAAUGUCAUAAGGCCAAUUCACCCUGCACUGACAGACAUGACCAAUGCAGACAGUCAACAGAUUUCAGUAUGUCACUGCUUAGAUGUUCCACGACCCAACAUAUGCCGAUUCAGCAGAUUCAGUUGGUGAAAAUAAGAGCUGACCAAUGCCAACAGGAAUUUCACACUGAUCCGACAAAACUCAGCAAAGUGUCUGUUGCCAUCUGGUGGUUCAGUGUGAAUUGGCCUACAAAUACUACUGAUGUAAAUGAAAUAACUCAUUUAAGCACUCAAGAUUUUUUUUUUUUUUUUUUUUGGUGGAGGGCAAAAGUAUGUUUACAGACUAAGUCUAAUUACUAGUUUUUUUUACUCUAGUUUUUGUUUACUUAAUAUAAAAGCUGAAUAUGGAAAAAAUGCGUGCAAAAUACAAAAACUAAAAAGUACUUCAUGUCUACAUGGUAAAUGGAAACAUUAAGUGACUUUACAUUGUAUAGUAUCAUAAAAGUACAUUUUUAAAUGAGGCAUGUAUAAGCUCAAAUAAUGAUUUAAACAAUAAAUAAUGACUGUAACUGUUUUAACUGUUUAACAAUUAGAGUUUAACAAUUUUAUCAAGCUCAGAAAGCCAUUCAUUAGAUGAUCAUUUUUCUGUAAAAACAUGUUAUACGAGUGUCUUAUUUUAUAGCUGUUAAUUCUAAUGAUGUAAAGCUCAAACUAUUUUAUUUAGUCUUUUUUAAGCAUAUUUUACAGAUUCCUCUGAAUAAUCAAACUUAAAUAUUUUCAAGUAAAUGUUGGCAAAUAAAAAGUAAAAGCCUAAAAACUAUUUCAUGUGUGCACGGUGAAGGGAAAUAAACUAUUUUACACUGUAUAGAAUUAUAGUUGUUUAGUUGUAAAGUUACAAAUUUGUUAAUCUUGCAGAAUUACAUUUUUGUUUGUCGAGCUCAAAGUUAUUUAUUCUGUAAGGAUUCAUUCAUAACAGUAUGUUACUUUAAAUAUUCAUAUGCAUUAUGCAAAAUAUGUCAUUUUUGUUACAA